AUGAAAGAGGACACAAUAUUCUUGUUCGACGUAGAUGGAACUCUCACGCCCUCCAGAGAAAGAGCCACAGAAGAGAUGAAGGCGUUUCUAAACGACCUGAAAACAAAGGUGAAGAUAGGCUUUGUCGGGGGCUCUGAUCUCCCGAAACAAAAAGAGCAAUUGGGAGACGACUGCACUUCGCUCUUUCACUACUGCUUCCCCGAGAACGGCCUUAUGUUCAUUAAGAAUAACGAAGUAGUGUCGACUGAGUCGUAUCUUAACUUCGUGGGCGAAGCAGAGCACGGGAGAAUGGUCAGAUCCGUGAUGAAAAUACUCAGCGAGCUUCCGAUGAACGAAGUGCCCAAAAUGAGAGGGAAUUUCAUCGAGCUCAGAACAUCGAUGGUGAACAUCUCGCCCAUCGGCAGAUCGUGCACAAAAGAGGAGAGAAAAGAGUUCAAAGAGCUGGACACAGCCAACAGAACAAGGGAAAAGAUAGUGGAGAAACUAAAGGUUGCCUUCCCCAGCCUGGCUUUCUCCAUAGGAGGAGAAAUAUCCAUCGACAUAUUCCCGCAGGGCUGGGACAAAACGUACUCCCUUCAGCACCUCGAGAAAGAGGGAAUAAAAAACAUUUACUUCUUUGGGGACAUGACAUCAGAGGGUGGAAAUGAUUUUGAAAUAUUCACAGAUGAAAGAGUCAAAGGAACAACUGUUACCUCUCCAGAAGAUACGAUGAAGCAGGUGAAGGACGUUCUUCUUACAUUGGAAUAA